GCGCGUUCAGUUAUUACUACUACCUACCUACUUAGUGUCUGUAAUAUGGCAGCACAACAACGAACUCAUUGGAUUCGGCCGUUGGAAAAUCACAACGGGCUUUGUUGACAAGAUCAGCAUAUUCAACUCCCGAUUUUUUCAUCCAAAUAAAAAAAGAAAAAAAAACUAAUCGUAUGGCCGGAGUCGCAUUCUUUUGUUGAAAUGCCUCGGUUGGCGGCACCACCUCUGCCCGUUCCCUCCCACAACCUGCUUCGAUUCUUGCGCUCCCAGACCGAUGGCCUACUCAGCUUCGAUGCAGCCAGUGCGACCACCUGCAGGACCUCGAGGGUCGUGCCCUCCGCUCACGGCCCCCUAGGUCCGCGCGCGUUGACAUGCAAGGCCAAGACGCUGGCUCUGCCACCGGGGCGUCGCUCGUUCUGUACAUCCAACCUGCGACCUCAGCGGACGGAGGGGGAUGGUAGCAGGAACUUCAUCUUCGACAUGAACAAGAUCCUGCCCCGGGUCUUUCGACGGCAGAGGGGCUCCACGUCGAGGGGUACACAGGAAGGUCAAUAUCCGGACGAAGACCGGCCCAACGCCUACCCCCGAGCCACCAAGCCGACAUGGCAGGAGAAGCUCGGUUGGGGCGGGGUGAAAUCUUUGGGGAGCGACAUGGGAGGCCCCGGCAGCAGCGACGACUGCGGGCCAGACAACAACUUUACUUUUGGAUCCAGACGGGCGCAGCUCAUGCGCGCUCCCAUGGACCCAAGACUACGAUGCACCGAGGUUGACGAGAACGGGGAGGUCAUAUUAGUGGAUGGGGAGUACAAGAAGAGCGAGCUGAUCGCAAAGUACGGUCUGCUCCCUCGAGAUCUCCGCAAGAUCGAUUCGUCAAACCUGCCGCACAUCCUCGUCCGUCCCUCGGCCAUUCUUAUUAAUUUACUCCAUCUUCGUGUACUCAUCAAGUCGGACCGGGUGCUUCUCUUCGACGUCUUUGGCUCAAAGACGUCAUACAACCAAUCAGCGUUCAUGUAUGACCUACAGGGCCGCUUACGGCAGAAACAGCCGGCCGGAAGUAACGCGGUGCUCCCGUAUGAGUUCCGUGCUCUCGAGGCCGUCCUGAUAUCGGUCACUAGUGCCCUCGAGGCGGAUCUCCUCACGGUGCGAGAGCCUGUGGUUAGAGUGUUGCGGGAGCUCGAAGACGACAUCAACCGUGACAGGCUGCGCAUCCUUCUUGUUCUGUCAAAGAAGGUCAGCACGUUUGAGCAAAAGGCCAAGCUGGUGCGAGAUGCCAUCGACGAGCUGCUCGAAGCCGACGAUGACCUUGCAGCCAUGUACCUGACGGAGAAGAGGCACGACCUGUAUAGGGGUGUGGAUGACCACACUGAGGUUGAGAUGCUCCUCGAGUCGUACCACAAGAUUUGUGAUGAAGUGGUUCAGGAGGCGAGCAGCUUGGUUUCCAGCAUCCGCAACACGGAGGAAAUUAUUCGCGCCAUUCUUGACGCCAACCGUAACUCCCUCAUGCUUCUGGACCUCAAAUUCAGCAUCGGCACCCUUGGCUUGGCCAUGGGCACCUUCCUGGCUGGUCUGUACGGUAUGAACUUGGAGAACUUCAUUGAAGAGACCAACUGGGGUUUUGCUGGCGUCACCACCUUCUCCAUAUUCUUCUCUCUCCUGGUCUGCCGAUAUGGCCUUGUCAAGCUGCGCAAGGUCCAGCGGGUCAAGAUGCAUGGCACCGACGGCGGCACCACCUCUUCGUGGUUCCGGGAAAACGUCCAGACUAUUGAGCAGGGCAACGCACCAGGUCUUGGUGGGAACAUGGGGUCCAUCGACAAGUUCCGGCGGAUUAAAAACAAAUCCAACAACACCUCUUCCAACCCUGGGAAAUGGAUCUAAUGACACCAGAGAUCACCCAUGUUCUUUUGGAUCAAAAGCGAUCAACGGUUGCUGACAACUGACGUAAAGGGUCUGGUAUUGUCCUUCUACUCACACCAGACAAAAACGGGAGGGCUGAUGGAGCUUUUCCAACUUGAAUGUACCAAAAGAUGUAAAAUAACUACGGCUCGGGCACGAGUCCAUACUUUGACGCAGCGACCAGCUGGAUUUUUAGAGAUACCUAUCAUAUUCUAGAGCAAAUGGCUGGGUACUUACCGCCACUCUUCAAAGGGAUUUUCAAAUAAACACCGUACCAGGGUAUUGAUACCAGUGUCUUCUCAAACCUCUAUCCAAGGAGUUGCGGACCUUGACACUUCUAAUCAACCAAAGCCCACUUGUCUUAAUAUU